CGCACGGGGUGGGGUGGUGGGUGUGUAACGUCAGCUCUCGGUCGGUGCAGGAAACAGACGGAGCCUCACCGAGUGUUUGUUGCUGUUCCGUGGCUGAUACGACUCCGGUUCCGCGGAUGCACUCUGGGUCGGGACCGCUAAUCUGAGACCGAGCCCCGCGGUGCGUCCUCUCCUCCGCCAGCACCCAGCAUCAUCCGCCCGGCCUGAAAUGGGAUGGGAUUGUUCAUGUCGACCAAGAUCGGAGCGAUUCUGGCUGUUAGCUUUGUGUUCCUGUUUCUGGCAGCGCCCGGAUUCUGCGUGGAUGUGAAGUGUGAGAGCGUUUAUCGAGACUUUUCUGAAUGUGUCCUGGAGCUGGGAGACAGCAUGGACAACUACCAGGAGAACGUGACCAGUGAGAGGGGAGUGGCAGCCGUGUGCAGCCACUGGGAAGCUUUCCACACGUGUGCUCUCACGGCGCUAUCCGACUGUCAGGAGGAGGUCAGCUCCAUCUGGGAGACUCUGAGGCAGGACUCCAGGAACAUCCGCUUCCAGGGAAGUCUGUUCGACCUGUGCAGCCCCAGCUCCUCCCACAGCAUAGGCUUGCCUUUCGCUGCUCUCAUCCUGCCACUGGUGCUGGUGGGGCCCAGCUGGUGGCUGUAGGUGGAGAUGACGAUGGGUCCUCUGCUCCUUAGAUCGCAGCCCUGCUGAGCUCAAACUUGAAGCCAAGGAUUCAAAAGAAAUAAACAUGAUUUUACCACAGAUCUGCACAUGUUGGUGGCAGGACAAUCAGUGUUUGUGUUGAUAAAUCAUUUAUGAAAUCUUCAGAAAAUACUAAAGCGGUUUCUUUCAUUUGAAAUGAAUUAAUGAGCUGAACAAACACUAACCCUUCAGUUCAGUGUGAACCAACUUAAUGAUAAUUCAGUUUGUAGAUUAAACCCUGAGUUUAAAGCAGCUGAUGGUUAAAAAAACACAAAUACUACCUGUGAUUUCAUCAUGAUCAUCAAAAGAAUAACUUAACUAUUUAGCAUAGAUGCCUGACAAAUGAUUGCAAUUUAUUUAUAUGCAGUGAUGACAAGAAGCUAGAAAACCUGACACACACACACACACACACACACACACACACACACACACACACACACACACACACACACACACAGUUGCAUGCCAUCCCUUUUUAUAUAUUUGUACAACUGAAACUGAAGCUAAUGUCAUUAAAGGUGCUGGAGGAGAUUCUGUUACUUAAGCAGCUUUCCCGUUUGUCUCGUUUCAAGUGUUUGUGCAGUCGAGCCUUUCUUGUGUGUUUCUGCUCAGCCUUGAGGAGAAAGCAUGAAAUGUGUCAUCAUAAAAUGAAAAGUGUAUUAUUUAAGGAGGUGAGACUAUAAUGUGUGGUAAACGUAAAUCAUGGAUAUAUUUAAAGCCAAGUCAGUUUUUUCCCUUAAACUUGAACGACCCAAGGUAUCACACACACACACACACACACACACACACACACACACACACACACACACACACACACACGCCCACUGAGCAUGCUGAAUUUUUAACAAACACGAGUGACAGGCUUCAAAAUGUCAGACUACUUCCUCAGACCUAGAUGGCAUCUGCAUGUUAUUUCUUGUGUUAGUGAUGCAUUAUGGGUAAUUAAGACAGAGAAGCAUUUUGCCAAGAAUUACAGCAAUAUUCCAGCUUCCACUCAAAAAGCAGAUAAAUAAGCAAAAAAUAAAAGUCCAAGGAAACUGGAAAAAAGGAUUAAAAUAAGAUGGAAAGAGAAACGUCUCACAAUGCCUUUGGUAUAAUGUUGCUGUCCAAUGACAAUCAAGGAACUUUAAUAUGAUUUUUCUUCUAUUUUAUUUUACUUUAAAACAUUUCAGCCUUCGGUGACUACAGCUGCUAAAAAACACCAAAACCACACGUCUGGACCCAUGACACUCUUCAGAUUAAUCAGCUGUUAAUAUGUACAUUUAAAAUACCUGUUUUAAUGUUCUAGUUUUAUUUCAUUAAGAUAACUCAACACAAACACCCGCUCUCCAGAUUAAAGAUCUUCUGCCUUUUUUAAGCUUUCCACUUCAGCAGAUAAAAUAUUUUUAAUAUAUUGUUGUUGGUUUUUUCCCUAUUUUAUUAAAAUGUUCUACUUUUAUUUAUAUUUUCUUGUUUCAUAAUCAAAUUUAUUGGCUAAUUUAAAGCAUCUGUGUGAAAUUGGGUUGAUGAUUUUUGAACAUUCAACUGGCAGAAUUAACACCUUUGGAUGUAGGGAUGUGUAUUGGUGAAAUUCUGGCAAUACGAUACGUAUCACGUUAUUGUGAUACAUUCAGCCAGAUCAUAUUAGCUUUUUAUUUUCAAUUAAAUUAUUGUAGGAAAAUUCAAUAAACAGUCCAAACAUCAGUUUAACAUGAGGUAUCUGAACCAUAAUAGAGGGAUUUACAUUUCAGUGGUGGAAACAAAACCCACUGAACACUGCUGCCAGCCAGCGGUCAGUGUUUGAAUUGUACCAAAAGAACAGAAAAUACACAAAUGUUUGCUUGUAAAUUCUUCCAAAAAGUCGAUACACGGCUUUUGAAUAUCGAUAUAUCGUAGGAAAAAAUAUAGAUAUUUUCUUACAUCCCUAUUUGGAAGUCAUUAUUGUAUCAUUUAGCAUUAAAAUAUUAUUUAUGCUCUUAAAAGUAAACACAUUUCCAGAACAUUUUGCAUUUUUCACUCUCCCUAACAAAUGGUUCCAAAAAUAUUUCCUCACACAUGCAUGAAAACAAAAAAUAGACGGUGUUGAAUUUAACCUUGGACAAUGUGUGAGGUGCAUGACGUCAGGCGUUGUUCGCAUACACGCACACUCCACCUCACUUAGCACCAGGAGCAUGUUUGUUCUGGUUGUUUCUGUUUAUUUACCAUGUCAGUGUCAUGUCGCCCAUUGUGUGCCUGGUGGUGGAAACAUAAAAAUCAGUGUUGUUCUCAAAGCAUGAGCAAUAUGUUCCUCUUCAGAGGGCAGCCUCCUCUCUUCGUAUUCUGUUGAUGGAAGCAUGAAAGUGAUGCUGAUCAGUCUAAACGCAGAGCAACUCCUGAAUGUAAACUAUCUUCUGUUUGGUUUUUAACACAAAUAUUACAACACAUGUAAAGCAAUAUAUGGAAGAGUAACGUAAUUGUAACAAUAAAAGCACAAAUGCUAGAAACAAA